GCCAAGCUGCGAGCCGCUUUGGAGAAUGCUUUGGCCGAGCUAGACAAGGACGACGAGAGGGAAGCCAAAAGAAGGAAGACAGCCAAGACAGUAGAGUUAGUUGACUUGACCACGGAAGAACCACAGGCAGUGGUUUGCAGGCAGAGCAGCCAAGACAGCCUAGACAGCAGCCAGACAGCUAGAGGAGUCAAGAGGCAGGCUAGCUUUCACACACCUUCGCCGAAGAAGCGUCUGUUCAGUCCUGACAGCAAGGGUAGAGACAGCCAGAGCCCAGGCAGCCAGAGCCCGGGCAGCCAGAGCCCAAGCAGCCAGAGCCCAGACAGCAACCCUGUGCAAAAGAGAAAGAUAGAACAGCUCAAAAAGACCUUAGGCCAAGGCAGUCCAGUCUACUACCGGCUAGACUACCUUUGGGGCAAGGCAGCAGAGGCAGAGGCCAAGCCCGGCCUUUCGCCAGACACAGCUAGUGACAGACAGAAACAGCAGCAAGCUGAGAACAUGCAAAACCUGCAGCAGAAAGCCAGCCAAGCAGUGGAAAAGCUCGAACUGGAGCCAGCUCUUGGAGUUCUUAAAAAGAGACGGGGAGGCAGACCGCUAGGCAGUAAGCAGAAGACGAAAGCGGUGCCGCAUCUUCGCAAGAAACGAUGUGAUGUGACAGCCAGAGGCAAGCUUUCCAUGAUGGAAGAGCUAGACAGAGCAGCUGUAACUCACAAAAGCAAAACUGCAGCCAGGCAGCAUGUCAUGAGGCAGUAUGGUGUGAGCAAUUCUUUUUGCUUCAACCUGCAAAAAGACUAUCACAGACAGAAAGUCACCAACUUUCUCGCCAGCACGGGGCGAGGACACAGUGCCAGACAGGCAGGCAGCCAUUUGGGUCUCGUGCACCUCGUCAGCAAGUCAAAUGGCCGAAGACUGCCUGACCCAGGCAAAGUGCUGGGUAGGCCAGACUUUCUCCUGCCAGUCUGGUCUGAGACCCGUGCUUGGGCCUUGAAUGAGGAAGCCAGCCAGCACGUCCUGACGAACGAAGACGUGCUGAUGGACUUCCAAGAAAGGCUCGACAAAGCCAUUGCAGUCAGGCAGGCAGAAAAGGAAAAGGGUCUUCUUGACCAGACAGGUGAGAAGGAGCUGGCAGCCAUGACGCAAAAGAAAGCCACGCUAGCCAGCAAGCCAAAGCAGAGGAGCAAGUACCAGAUCCUGCUCCUGGCAAAGUGCGGUCUUCGAAACAGAUCCUGCCAACAGACAGCCAACCUGAGCAAGGAGGAUGAGAAAGCCAGGCUAGACUUGUCCUGGCGACUCUGGGACUUGCUUUUGGAACAGGCAGCCAGCAAGACACCACAGCCAGACUUGCCUGUAGCAAGCCCAGAGCAGUGGACGACAAAGCGAGCAGAGACAGCCAUCACCAUGUCAGACCAAGUACCUGCUUGGCUCAAGCCAACGCCAGGGAAGGCGUUGACAUCGGUGGUGCGCUUGAAGCUAGCCAGCGAGCAAAGCAAGGCAGCGCAGAACUUCUUUGCGCCAGACAGACAGCCAGUGGGUGUCGUUAUGCCCACGAUACUUGUCACAUACGGCAAACACUGCAGACUUGAAAACAUCAGCCAGGAAGGCACGUGGAUCAAGUCCGAGUGCUUCCAGGUAGGCAGCCAGACAGUCAGGAGAAGGGCAGGCCAGCGAGUGCCAGGACAGGUCAUGCGCACUUGGCGCAAACUGCGACAGACCCAGCCACACCUGUUUGAUGGCAGUGUCAGGGUGUGGUGCCAGCCAGCCGCAGUGGUAGAUAGCGUGAUUUACAGAUGGCAGCUAGAGCUCGAGUCAGAAGAGCACAGCCAGGCAGUGCAGCUCGUCGACAUGUUCGGCGGAGCAUGGACGACGGAGUCCAUGCACGCCGCUGCACUCCUGCAGCGAGCUCAGACAGGCAUUGCAGCCGGGUGCACCGGCUUGACCCAGGUGACAGACAUCGGGUUCGCCCAGCCAGCCAAGGCAGCUCUCAAAAGGUGGCAGGAAGACUUGAAGCAGCGCAUGCGAGAGAAAGCCAGACAGCAAAAGGUGCAGUGCACCUAUAAGACAGGCCCGGCAGACAUUCUGGAGGCAGCUAGACAGAUGCACGCCAGGAUGGUGCAGUUGAAUGAGACAGAGAAGACAGUCCUUCGCUGCAUGCGGCAGGGAGGCUGGUUCCACUUCCGUCCAGACAGUGAAGGCAGGCUUCAGGACUGUGGCAGCCAGGAAUGGUGUCUGGACUUCCCUGAAGGCAAUGCCAAGCUAGGCAGCGACCACCUCAGAGACAGGUCUCGUUGGGUGGACAAGACAGGCAAGGUGCUUCCGUGGACAGAGGCAGACAGCAAGACAUUUGAUGAAUCCAAUGCAUUCGAACCCGAGUCUACGUACCUGCUUGGCCAGACAGACAUACACUUGAGCUUCCGAGCGAAGCCCAAUCUCCUUGCUCAGUCAGAAAGAGAGCUCAGAGAGGUCAUUCUGAGACAGGUCCACCCGAACGAGAGGAGACGGCUUUUCCAGGAACAGGUGGACCAGACAACCAGCCAGACAAAGACAGACAGGCAGCAGAGAAAGGAAAAAAGGAUCAAGAACGCGAAGCAAGACAGAAAGAGGCGCAAACUUUUGAAAGAAUGGAGACAGCAGCAAGCCAGCAAGACAAAGAAGCAGGCUCUGCAGUCUGUCGUGCCCAAAGUGGGCCAGAAAAAGAAGAAGAAGGCAGACAGAAAGAAGCCCAGCCAGGUCAAGAAGCAGCAAAAGAAAGACCAGGCGAAGAAGGCUCAAAGACGGGCAGCCGAGCCAGGCAGUGAGGGACACUUGCAUGGCAAGCAAGCUCGAGUGAUCGGUGACCUGGCUCCGCUGCUGGGCAAGAUCGUGGUGUGUGGAAAGCAGACAGACAGCCAAGUCCUGAUCAAUGCUGAUGGAGUUCAUGAAUGGGUCAGCCACACAGACAUUACGCUGGACGUCAGAGACAGACAGUUUCCGCUGGUUUUGGAUUUGGAGUCUUUCCCCAGUGCUGCAGCCAGCGAGGAAGCGGCAGCCAGUGCAAAAGAUUUGCGGCUUUACAAGCACGAAGACCUGCUGACAGACAGCCAGCUCGAAGCUGGCAUCAGGGAGAUGGCAUACCGACUCUCCCAUGGAGCAGAGCCAGCCAGCCUGUGUGUUUUGCGGCCAGCAGAGGCCAAGCAACUUAUCCAGACACAUACACUCAAGGCAGCAGCAAAGACAGCUAUGGACAGCCAGGCUGGUUUGGUCUUGGCAGUCGUGCAAAGCCAGCCUCCGAGACACUGGUCCUUGCUGGUGGUCGAGACAGUCAGAGACAGCCCCGAAGCGAAGGUCAGGUACUAUGACACGUUGCCCGGUGAGGCAGCCUACAAGGAAGCCAGUGCAGUUUUGAAGGUGCUGCUGCAGACAGCCAAGAAACAGGCCCAGCCUUUGCCUGCGCCAGUCAGUCUGCUCAGACAGACAGACGGCUUCUCGUGCGGCCUCUGGGUCUUGCUGUAUAUGGAGCAGGAGUGGCGGCGGUGGAUGGGUGAGGCCCCGCAGCCACUUGUGAAAGACCUGCCAGCCAGAAGCAGCCAGCUGAACCGCUGGAUUCAGCUGCUGCUGCGAGGCAAAGAGCUAGCCAGACAGAAAGAGAGGCAGCAGCAAGACAGCCAGACAGCAGGAGACACCAUCGUUUUUGGCUGUGCCCACUGCAGUUUUGCUCUGAGUGGCUGCCUUCGCUGCAACAGAACGCAGUUUUUGAAGUAUAUGAGUAACCAGGCACAAAAAAAGGCAGAGGAGGCAGCAAAGGCACCCGAGGCCCAGGCCAAGACCAAGGCCAAGGCCAAAGCAAAGGUGAAGGCUCUUGGAAAGCCAGGCAGCUCAGGAGCCAUCUCGUGCACAACUAAUUAA